AUGGCUUUAAAACCCGGUUUCUGGCAGAAUUUACCACUAGGUUUUGGAAAAUUUUGGCAGAAAUUUGGGUUUACACAAAAACGGUUAUUCAUCGACGAUCAUGCGAAAGAUGCUCCAACAAAAUACGACCAUGAUGUUAAAUUGCAUACAGAUGGAAUAAUCAAAACAAUAAUCAAUAACAGUCGCGAAUUAUAUCGUGACUUACGUGAUGAUUUUAGAGCCAACAGGGGCUUUAAUAUUAUUUUAAUUGUGGCUAUAUCCUCAUACAUUGCUACAUUCGUUGGAAGAUUAAUGCUCGAAUAUAAAAAAGAUAAACGAGAAGAAAAACAAAUGGAUCGGAAUCAUGAAUAUAAAAUGAUCGAACUUGGCUUGAAACCAAAUUCUGACCAACAAACAAUACAACAGCCACCUCCACCUAAACAAACACCAUCAUCAAUCAACAAAAAAUGA